AUGCUACCUACAAACAUUCAUGUAGGACAAUUCUCUGAAGUUCCUCAUGAGCAAGCACACCCUUUGCCUCCUAAUCAAUCCUAUAAUCCCAAUUAUCGACCCCAUCAGUAUCAGUCAGUUGUUCCUCCAAGAAAUUCUGCUUUUGAGGAUAAGGUUUUAACUGCACUUGGUAACUUGGAAGCAAAUACUCAAUUGCUGAAUUCUCAUUCCCAAUCGAUUGCCAAGUUAGAGGGUCAAGUUGGACAGCUGGCAAAUGCAUUUAAUCAGAGAAAAGAAGGGAAACUUCCCUCCCAACCAAUAGCCAACCCUAAGGGACAAUACAUGGUCGAUGGGAGUGCUUCCAACAGCACCACCCAUGAGCAAGUCCAAGCGGUUACAACUUUGAGGAGUGGAAGGACAGUCAAUAAUCAGGUCAGGCAGAAAGACACUGAAGAAGGUGAAUCCCGAUCAAAUCCAAAGAUACCCCUUGAGAAUCCAAAAGAUAAGUUGAAAACCACUCCUGAGAUACCUUAUGAGCCUAGAGCUCCAUUCCCUGAACGUCUCAAGGAGCCUCCUAGUGCUGUGAAGCAAGGAGAAAGAUAUCAAGAAAUGAUGGAUGUUUUUAAAAAGGUACAAGUUAAUAUACCAUUUCUUGAUGCUAUCAGACAGAUCCCACCUUAUGCUAAGUUUUUAAAAGAUUUGUGUACUCAAAAGCGUAAGAUGAGGAAGCGUAGUCCAGAAAAAAUUAUUUUGACCGAGCAAGUAAGUUCUUUGAUACAACAUGCUGUAGCCCCCAAAGUUAAGGAUCCGGGUGCUCCCACUAUUUCUUGUAUUAUUGGAGACCAUACCAUUGACAAGGCACUUCUUGAUUUAGGUGCAGGUGUUAAUUUGUUACCUUACUCGGUCUAUGAGCAAUUAGGACUCGGAGAGUUGAAGCCCACGACGGUUAUCUUACAACUUGCAGACAGAUCCGUAAAGAAACCUCGUGGUAUAAUUGAAGAUGUAAUCAUUAGAGUGGACAGGUUCUACUUCCCAGUGGAUUUCAUUGUUCUUGAUACAGAACCUGUCCCAGACCCCGCAAGGUUUAUCCCAGUCAUCCUUGGACGCCCUUUCUUAGCUACGGCUAACGCUUGCAUAAAUUGCAGGACAGGAGAAAUGGAGAUAACCUUUGGGAACAUGAAGGUAAAGUUGAACAUUUUCAAUGCUUUUCAGCAUCCAUUAGAUAUUAAUGAGUGUUUCUUAUUGGACAUGAUUGAAGAAACUGUUAAAGACACACUCCCCCACCUUUUGAUUAAAGAUCCAUUGGAGGCUUGUCUAUCUCACUUUGACUUUGAGGAUUUUGAUAUUGAGCAUUAUGUUGGCGAAGUCAAUUCAUUACUUGAUAAUAUGGCUGCAAUAGACUUUCCUCCUUGGAAAGUACCAAAGGAGCCGUUACCUUGUACGUCAGGCAUCCCUCCUAUUCCUUCUCUGAUCUCCCCACCAAAGCUUGAGCUUAAGCAGCUUCCUGUGACACUUAAGUAUGCUUUCUUAGGUAUAAAUGAUACUCUCCCAGUUAUUAUUGCAUCUAACCUACAGGAACACAAGGAAGCAAUUGGUUGGAGUGUGGGAGACUUGAAAGGAAUUGAUCCCUCCAUAUGCAUGCAUCGUAUUCAUCUUGAGGAUAAUGUUAAGCCCUCCAGGGAGGCACAGAGGAGAUUGAAUCCUAAUAUGAAGGAAGUAGUCAUGAAAGAGGUGGUGAAAUUAUUAGAUGCGAGUAUCAUUUAUCCCAUCUUGGAUAGUACAUGGGUGACUCCCAUACAAGUGGUACCUAAAAAGUCUGGUAUCACUGUGGUUGAGAGUUCUUCUGGUGACCUAAUUCCUCAACGCACGACCACUGGAUGGCGUGUGUGUAUCGAUUAUAGGAGACUCAACUCUACAACUAGGAAGGAUCAUUUUCCAUUGCCAUUUAUUGAUAAGAUCCUAGAACGUCUUGCAGGCCAAAGUUAUUAUUGUUUCCUGGAUGGUUAUUCGGGAUAUAACCAAGUGGCCGUUGAUCCCAAGGAUCAAGAGAAAACAACUUUUACCUGUCCCUUUGGUACCUUUGCUUAUAGACGCAUGUGUUGGCAUGAGUUGUCAAUUAAGAGAUAA